CGGUGGAUUGUAUUGCUGUCUCUGUGUCUGAAUGUCAUCUCAGCAUCAUUUGAUUACAUGUAUGACGAGCAUUCCUUUCUGGACCCUGAGGAUGUCCUGAGUGUGAGCAUUCCCCUUGAGGAGCCGCAGCGCCCUCUACUGGGAGGAACAUUGGUACUACCAUGCUACUUCCAGGACCACACGGUUCCUGAUCCAGGAGCACCCACUAUUGCUCCCCUUUCUCAUCGAAUCAAAUGGAGCCGUGUUACAAAAGAAAAGGUCACAACUGUCCUAGUGGCCUUGGAGGGAAGGGUGCGUAUUGACGAGAACUACCUGGACAGGGUCCACAUGGUGGACUACCCUAUGACCCCCACAGAUGCUAGCAUCAAGAUAACAGAGCUGCGCUCCAAUGACUCCGGAUACUACCGGUGUGAGGUUCAGCAUGGCAUCGAGGACAGCCACGACAUUGUCCAUGUGCAGGUCCAAGGUGUUGUGUUCCACUACCGGGCCAUCACUACCCGCUACAGUUUAACUUUUGAGAAGGCCAAGGCAGCCUGCAUCCAGAACAGCGCAGUCAUUGCUACGCCUGAACAGCUCCAAGCUGCGUACGAUGAUGGAUUCCACCAGUGUGAUGCUGGCUGGCUCUCUGAUCAGACAGUCAGGUACCCAAUCCAAGAUCCUCGUGAGAACUGCUACGGUGACAAAGAUGAAUUCCCUGGAGUCAGGACUUACGGAGUGAGAGACGUCAACGAGACCUAUGAUGUGUACUGCUUCGCUGAGAAGAUGACAGGCAAAGUUUUCUACACUGGCUCUACGGCUAAGUUUACAUAUGCUGAGGCUGUGGAAGCGUGCUCGAAGCAGGGAGCCCAGUUGGCCACCACUGGUCAGCUCUACCUGGCCUGGCAGGGUGGCAUGGAUGUCUGUAAUGCAGGCUGGCUGGCAGAUAAGAGUGUCCGCUACCCCAUAAAUAUUCGCAGGCCACAGUGUGGAGGAGGUCUGAUUGGCGUGCGUACUGUGUACCUCCACACCAACCAGACAGGAUACCCACUUCUUGAUUCCCAUUAUGACGCCUUCUGCUACACGGACUCCCUUGAUGAGGAGGGCUCAGGCAUAGACUCCUUUACAGAGGCUGGAAGUGGCGUGCUGAGUGUUGCCACAGUGACAAGGAGUCCAGACAUCUUCUUUAGGAGGACGACUACAGAGAGCGAGGCGGUUGGAGAAUUGUUCACUCAGCGGCCCACCGGUGUGGACUUCACUUACACAGAGAGCCCCUCUGAGCUGCCGCUGCCCCAGCCCCCCAGCUUUACAGAGGUGAUCAGGGAGGAGAUAAAGGCAGUCACCGCCCAGCCAGAUAUAGGCAGAGAGCCCAGCAGAAGCAUCGCGAUACCUCCAACUGGAGUGGUGUUCCAUUACCGCUCAGGCUCUGGUCGAUAUGCGUUCACCUUCAUUGAUGCCCAGCUGGCCUGCCAGAGUAUCGGCGCCUCCAUUGCCACCCCAGAGCAGCUGCAGGCUGCAUUUGAGGCUGGCUAUCACCAAUGUGAUGCAGGCUGGCUACUGGACCAGACUGUCAGGUAUCCCAUUGUUUCCCCACGAGAUAAAUGUGCUGGCGACUUGGAAGAUCGACCUGGAGUCAGGUCCUACGGCUUGAGGCCAGCAGAUGAGCAGUAUGAUGUGUACUGCUACACUGAUAGUCUCAGAGGUGAAGUUUUCCAUCUGGGUUCCAGUGAAGGUUUCACCUAUGACGAGGCUCUGUCCGGCUGUCAGGAGCAGAAUGCUACCCUGGCUUCCACGGGAGAGCUGUAUGCUGCCUGGAAACUGGGCUUUGACAAAUGCCGUGCUGGCUGGCUCAUGGAUCGAAGUGUCCGCUAUCCAAUCAACAACCCCCGUGCACAAUGUGGAGCCGGCAAGCCAGGAGUAUACACUAUAUAUACACACUCCAACCAGACAGGGUACCCUGACCUUUAUGCUAGAUAUGAUGCCUACUGUUUCAAAGCGGAUAUUCUACUCAUUGCCAAUGAAACUGGAUUGAAUAUCACAGAAGUCCAGGAGGCUCUGUUUAACCUAACAUCAAUAACCGAUUUGUUGAGGCCUGCUUUUCCCUCCAUCGCCACUCCCAUCUCUGUGGAGUCCUCAGGCUCUGGUUCAGGCUCAGCAGACUUUCAUUCUGGGUCUGGGGUCAGUAGCACCUCUGGUGAUCAUUCUGGAGAUCUAUCAGCUUCUGGGGAUCUAUCAGGUUCUGGAGACCUGUCUAUCUCUGGGGAUCUGUCUGGUUCUGGGGACCUAUCAGGUUCUGGAGACCUGUCUGUCUCUGGGGAUCUGUCUGGUUCUGGGGACCUAUCAAGUUCUGGGGGCCUGUCUUUCUCUGGUUACCCAUCUGGUUCUGGGGAUCUCUCUGGCUCUGGAGACCUGUCUGUCUCUAGAGACUUAUCUGGCAGUGGGAGUGCUGAGCUGGCCAGUGGAGCCUCGGGUCUUAGCAGUGGGGACAUCUCUGGAUCAGGAUUCAGUGGAGAAGGAUCUGGUUUCACAGUCAUUUUCUCAGGCAGUGGCAUUGUUAUGUCUGGAGGGGCCUCAGUUUCUGGAGAACUCCAAGAGGCCGGAGAGGGAAGCACAGGGAUACUCAUCUUCCCCUCUGAGACUGGCUCUGGGAUGUUCAGUGGUAGUGGGGACCUGUCAGGAUCUGAGAGUGGGUCUGGCUUCAGUGCUGAAGGGAGUGGCUCCAGCAGCUCCGGGUCAGGUGGACAGUUCUCUGGCAUGUGGUCUGGUUCCAGCCCUAGUCAGGAGUUUUCUGGGUUCAAUGAUUUCCUCUCCGGAGUAUACCCUUCAGGAAGUGCUAGUGGGCUCUCAGGGGAGGGGUCUGGCAGUGGGGAUGCUCAGAUCCUCCUGAUAGAUGGUGAACUGAUUGACAUGUCCACCUCACGCACCCACAAAGAACAUGAGCUUGGGGGAGGCCUUCUGGAGUUCAGUGGCUCUGGAGACUUUUCAGGAUCAGGGCUUCCCAGUGGUGAUCUCAGUGGCUCAGCCUCAGGGAGUACCUCAGGGUUUUUCUCAGGUGUGACCUUUGUGGGGUCAGGGUUCAUUGACCUUACACCAUCAUCCUCUGGAGAACAGGAGGCCUCUGGGUUUUUAUUAUAUGGCUCUGGACAGGGAAGUGGUGGACAUUUUUCUGGAUAUGAAACCUUAGGAUUCCCAUCUGGGUCUGGAUCGGGAAUCUCGGGAUCUGAGUCUUCUGCCAGUGGAGAAGAAGGAAGCGUUACAUUCUUGACUGGGGAUUUUAUGACAGAAGUAUCAACAACAACCACUGUCUCUAUGGAGCUUGGACGGAGCCAAAUAGAGUACAGUGGAGACGGAAGCACCAGCAUUGACUUUUUCUCUGGUAGUGCAGAUGCAUACUCCCCCACAGCCAGCGGUGUCUCAUCGGGUACUGCCUCUGGAGAUCUCUCUUUUGUGGUGCUGUCCUCUCCGUCCAGUGAGUGGGAACAGACAGUGAGCACAGCAGGGCCAGAGGAGGCACUGACUGGGACUGAACUGAUGGGGACCACUGAUGACAACUAUGGGACCUUCGGCCCUGCGCUGAUGCCAGCAGGACUUGCUGCGGCUGCCACAACAGUGCCUACUAUCUCUCUGCAGACACCAGGCAUCAUCGAAGGACCUCGUUCAGUGGAAGGUGCCUCUGACCCAUGUGAGCCCAACCCAUGUGGUGCUGGUUCAUGCACUGUAGAGGAUGGGGUUGCUGUGUGUCAUUGCCCCCCUGGACUAACAGGAGAGGCAUGCCAGUAUGAUGAGCAGCAGUGUGAGGAAGGUUGGACUAAGUUUCAAGGCAACUGUUACCUGCACUUCACUGAGAGAGAGACCUGGCUGGAUGCAGAGCAGCGCUGCAGGGCCCUGAAUGCUCAUCUGGUCAGCAUCAUCACCCCAGAGGAGCAAAACUUUGUCAACUCAAAUGCACAGGACUACCAGUGGAUUGGGCUGAAUGACAAGACAGUAGAGAAUGACUUCCGCUGGACAGAUGGUAUUCCAUUGCAAUUUGUGAACUGGAGGCCCAACCAGCCAGAUAAUUACUUCAACUCUGGAGAAGACUGUGUGGUGAUGAUCUGGCAUGAAAACGGCCAGUGGAACGACGUGCCCUGCAACUACCACCUACCCUUCACCUGCAAGAAAGGCCCAGUGUCAUGCGGCACCCCGCCGGAGGUGGACAAUGCUAGCAUGUACGGUCAUAGGAGGGAGCAGUACCCGGUCAACUCCAUCGUUCGAUAUCAGUGUAACUCUGGUUUUAGACAGCGCCACCCGCCAGUGGUACGCUGUAAAGCAGAUGGACAGUGGGAGAAGCCCCAAGUGGAAUGUACUCCUUUGAAACCCAACGAAAGAAUACAGCGGAGGAGUACCAGGAGUCAAGCAGAACCAGCCGGCAGCGAGCUUCACUAAGGGAAAGGCAAACUUAGUUAUUUUAAAAGAACAUUUACAGCACACAAAUCAAUUUUCCUUUUUUAGUGAAGAGGAUUGAAGGAUUAAAAGAUGUACUGCAUCACGGUAAUGUGUUUUUUUGUUCGUUUGUUUAUUUGUUUUCUUCACCGUCCCCCAUCCCAUGGCCUUUAAUUAUGUAUAAUAAUUUUAUUGUUGGGAGUUUACAUUCACCAUGUGUA